AAUGAAUUCUUCACAAAGCUCCUUUACAGAUCUUAAUGAUUGGGCUUUAAUUUAUUCGAAUCUCUAACAAAUCAAACUAGAGUAAUUAUCUUCAAAGCUCAAAUUACAUUUCAAAAAUCUACCCGACUUUAAUGACUUUAUUAAACUUUAUGAGUCUUCUAAAUUUGAAUCAGAUGAUUCUUGGAAUCUAAAUGAGGAACUUUUAUUAUAAUUUAUAGUUUUGAGUCUCAAUCCAAAAUGUAUUAAGGUACUUAUGAUAAAAAUUUAGAAUCGAUUCGAUUGGGAGAAAGUGCAAAAGUUAAUGCCUAAAUACAGGAGUCUAUCAGAAUUAUGCUUUAAAUUCUAAUCUUUCUAUAAGGCCUUUCUUCCAAGACAACCUUGGUCAACUUUUGAAGAAUAAACUUUGUUAUAAAUCAUUUUGUAAUAUAUUUCUUAUUUACAAUAGAGAUAAUCCUAGUCGCUGUAAAAGGAAAUGGAGUACUAUCGCUUAUUAAUAUAAUUGUAUUUGCAAGUCUGGAAUAUUAAGAAAUGCAAAAUAAUGUCGUGAACGAUGGAAUAAUAAAUUAGAUCCACAAAUUAAUAGGUAAUUGUAAUGAUAAUAUUUUACAGAGAACCAUGGUCAAAGUCUGAAGAGUUAAACUUUCUAUAAUUGCUACUUCAGAAUGGACGUAAAUGGGUUGAAAUAUCUAUCAAAUUAUCUAUGAUUACUAAAUAAAGAAGAAGAACUGAAUUUGUUUUGAAACACAAAUUUAAACAACUUAAAAAAUACUAUGGUAUGUAAUUUUAUAAGUUUGCAAGGUUAGAGACCAAAAAGAUUAAGUGAUAUCAAAAUUAGUCCAUAUUGGAAUAUUUAGGAAGCUAACAUGAUUCUAUAUAAAAUAGAAGUUCUUUAAGAGAAAACUAAAAAGAGUCAGACUCAAAAAUAUUCUUUUUGUGAAUUUUUGUGUUCUGAACAAGAGUAUUGCUUAGCCAUAAUUAAAAAUGGUAGUUUAAUUUAAUUGUGA